AUGGCUGCGCACACCCCUCUGCCCCCCAACCUCCGCUGGGGCUUGGCGGCGUUCAGCGGCUCCCUCUUCCUCAACAACAAGACGCGGGACAGCGGCACUGCCCACACCUACCACCCAGCCCACGAGGUGCUGGCCAGCCUGCCCCUCCAGAUGAUGCUGUACUUCAACGUCUACUACUUCCCGGUUUGGUGCCUGGCUGAGGGGAUGAUGCUGCAGCUGAAGUACCACCUGCUGCCUCAGCACUACCAGUUCCUGCUGGUUGCUGCCUUCCUCAUCCUCUUGCUGGCUGAGGGCUGCCGCCUCUACCUGGGCUAUGUGGGGAACCUGCAGGAGAAGGUGCCCGAGCUGGCCGGGUUCCUCCUCCUCUCCCCCAUCACCCCCCUGCCGCUGGAGAUGGCCAUGCACAGCCUUUUCCUGGCCUUCCUCGUCGCAGAGAUCAUGGCUGCCUUCCUUGCUCUGAAGACCAUGACCAAGCAGCUGGCGGCACAGUUCCACCUGCGGCAGUUCAAGGAGGGUGGCAGGGGAUGGCUGGGGCAGGGGGGCACAGGGGUGCAGGCAGCUGAGGAGGGGUGA